CUGAAGCUGGUGACAGUCAUUUUGUACAGCACAACAUAUCCGCCCAGUGUUCCCGGUAUGAGAAGAGCACGGCUGUUUCCCCAACAGCAGAACAGGGAAAUGAAGUUGUCAGACAGGCUUGCCCAGCAACUCUCUGAGCUCAAGUAGGCAGCUUGCAAGUUACGGUAGGCAGAGAACUUGAUAUGAAAAAUGGUUGUCGUCGGUUAGUAUUUGUCCGACGGCUAGAGGUCUCAGAAAACGUUACACACGUUUCUAUGUUUUUGUUAAAAAAAUUAACGUUGAUUAAAGAAGAAGAAAAAAAAGUGGAGACAACUUGCUAUCCUGCUAACUAACCUCUAGCUACCCACCGUCUUUCGGCUUCAAAACUAGACGUCAUUCGCAGUGUUGUGUUCCUGCAGUAAUCUGGACUUGGAAGCUGUCUACAGCCAUGCCGUUUCCUUUUGGGAAGUCUCAGAAGAAUCCAGCUGAAAUAGUGAGGAGUUUGAAGGAUAAUGUUGCAUACAUGGAAAAGCUGGAUGCUAGUGACAGCAAAAAGUGUGAAAAGGUUGCAGAGGAGGUGUCCAAAAGUCUUGCUUCACUGAAGGAAGUGCUUUGUGGAACAGGUGACAAGGAGCCUCAGACUGAAGCUGUGGCUCAGCUUGCUCAAGAGCUAUACAACACCAACCUUCUCAUUGCACUCAUUGCAAACCUGCAGAAGAUUGAUUUUGAGGGCAAGAAGGAUGUGGUCCAUUUGUUCAGCAAUAUAGUGAGACGUCAGAUUGGCACUCGCACGCCCACAGUAGAAUACAUCUCUACACACCCACAGAUCCUUUUCAUGCUUCUGAAAGGAUAUGAGAGCGCUGAAGUGGCUCUCAACUGCGGCAUGAUGCUGAGAGAGUGUCUGCGUCAUGAGCCUUUGGCGAGGACGGUGCUCUUCUCUGAAGAAUUUUACUGCUUCUUCCGUUACGUGGAGCUCUCUACGUUUGACAUCGCCUCAGAUGCCUUCGCCUCAUUCAAGGAUCUUCUCACAAGACACAAGAUUAUGUGUGCAGAUUUCCUGGAGAACAACUAUGACAGGGUGUUUACAGAGUACGAGAAGCUCCUGCAUUCUGACAACUACGUCACCAAACGGCAGUCUUUGAAGCUCCUCGGGGAACUCCUCCUGGAUAGACACAACUUCACAGUCAUGACAAAAUACAUCAGUCGGGCAGAAAACUUGAAACUGAUGAUGAACCUGCUGAGAGAUAACAGCCGAAACAUCCAGUUUGAAGCAUUCCACGUCUUCAAGGUAUUUGUUGCAAACCCCAACAAGACUCAGCCUGUGCUUGACAUACUGCUGAAAAACCAGACCAAGCUUGUGGACUUCCUGAGUCACUUCCAGACAGACAGAUCUGAAGACGAGCAGUUCUGCGACGAGAAAAACUAUCUGAUCAAGCAGAUCCGGGACCUGAAGAGACCCACGGCGCCCGAGGAAGCUUAAGGUUGCAGAGCGACAGAUAAUAGAUUACAGAAGUGGUGGCUGGAGCUGCAGAGGGUUAAAUGAGACUAAAUAAACAUUAAGAUUUUAAUUUUAAGUAUAGAAUAUAGGAUAAACGCUAAGGCUACUUCCUUCACAUAUGGUUUAGUGUGGAUGUGGAGCUUAUUAAUCCAUUUCACCCAUCAACCCGAGUGGGCCAAGAACUGUUAUUUAAACCACAGUGCUUCUUCUUUAGUAAAAUAAAAUACCUUUUCCUCCGUUCAUAGUGUUGGACCUUAAGCUGUUACCCAUCUACAUACACUGUUGCUGGCAGACCAUAGAAUGACGGAAACUUCUCACCUUUAACACCAAACACAAGCACUGAGGAGUUCUUGGAAAUCCUUUUCCAGAUCUUGUCUAUAGAUUGAAAUGCUGAGUCAUAAAUAUAUUAUUUUUCUAAAGUAUAUUCUAGGUGAACUACUUAAUCUAACUAAAUGCUUAAUGUUUGGUUUAUUUGCCUUAUUGCAAGUUGUGUGUGUGUGUGUGUGCGUGUGUGUACAGGAACUUAAAUGAAACAUGGUAAAGUAAAAUAAUGUGGGCUUCUAAUCGGCCCGUUCAGCACACAGUGGGAAUGGCGGCUUCAGAGGUUGGAAGCAACCCUGUGGUGCUGUACUGGCCAAUGCAGUAGGUGUCACAGGAAGUGUAAAUCAAAACCAUUGAGGAAUCAAUAAAUUGUGUGGGGAUUUUUCUUUUUUUUUCUUUUGUUUGGCUGUGCCCAGCGACGCUUACAUGACUGAAAUAGAAACAAAGCAUCGGAUAAUGCUGCAGGGUUUUUGCCAUCCAUUCACACAUCCAGCCAAUUGAUCGCACUGGAAGCACUCCAUUUCAUUUUCACAUACUGGGUAUAUCAGGCAAUGAAUUAACAAAACUUCAGCCCUGCGCAGCACAAGCAGUAUUGAUGCUCACACAUAAAGAUGCAUCCCAAGGUUACACAGAAAAUUGAUUAAAUCUAUAUUAGAGCAUGAUUAUUACUAAGAAAAUGGUGAAAAAGACCUCGUACCACCUUAAGUCGGGUCAGCUUUUCUCAUUUGACACAUAAGAGGGAAUACAUUUAAACAUGAAGGUCAAGAUGGCACCACAUUAUUAGAACAACAGGGGAAGUUUGUUUUGUGUGGUGGAGGCUGAGUUUAUCCUUCAUGUGCAUCUCUGAUUACAGAGGAAAUGUUCGCCCUCUUUCAUAAAAAUGGCUGAAAUGAGGGAUUUCAAGAUGCGUCGUCGGUGCACAGCCUGAAAUUAUAUAUACCUCACGGAUGUUGAGCUUGGAAACACUGUGCUCUUUCUUAUCUUACUUAGCAUAAACAAAAUAUUUUAUUUGAUAUUUUUAAGAUAAGCAACAUUGGCUGGUGUGUAUGUAUGUGCUGACUUGAACAAGACUAGGAAAACUCGAUUUAAAUAUUUCCUUGGGUGGUGCAACACGUAUGUUAAUUCAUAAUGAAUUGCAGUGUGGUACCUUGUAAUGAACUUUGCCUUAUUUAAAGACAUUUAUUAAAUUGUAAUCAUCAUGCAAAAUGCAAUGCUAGAGUUCAUCGCUUUAAAACCAAAGUCAAGAUGAAAAGGGUAAAAAUCUGCAUUUGUAGUCCCAAAUGAAUUCAGUCUGCAUUACAAGCCAAAUGUGAUCCUGAGUGUAAACCGAAGUCAGCAGAGAUCAGGAGACAUCACUUGGAGUGUCAGUUCUGAAUAACUAGCUCUCUCUUUUUCUUUCUUUCUUUUUUUGCACCACUUUUAAGUAGUAUGCAUCACAUAGUCUCAAGGUCCUUAUUAAGGCCUUUUAUUAGCCACGAAAUAAUGAAAGCACUCUGCUGAAUUUGUGGUAGAUAACUAGACUGAAGCUCUGUCACUUCACUGUCAUGUUAUCAGUACAUGAAAAGAAAAAGUGUCUUAAAAUAUCCUGACAGUGAUCUGAUUUUCAGAUCUUUUCUAGUUCUACUAUGUGAAAUAUAUAAAUAUAUAUAUUUAAAUGCAGCACCGCAAUAGACAUAAACCACAUGCAAAGUAAGAGUUGAUUUCCCAAUGAUCAAAUUAAUGAGGUUAAAAUAAAAAUAUUUCCUUAAUUAUAUAAUUAUAUUUAAUAUUAUUUGACAGAUCUGUGGACAAAAGAAGCCUAAGUAUUUGCAUGACCUUACCUGAAAUUUGAGUCCAGUCAUGACUUUGGGAAGGAAAUGUUGUUCACAGCCACGCCACCAGAGGGCGCUGUUGACAACUGCUAGCACCUUGCAGUGGUUGUACCAACAAUACAUUUCAUGUUUCUGUAACCCUACCUCCUAUUAUAAAAAUUUAAAUCACUGGCAAUAUUAUAUAAACAAAAACUCAGAUUCUUUAUGAUCAGUACUAUAUAUUUUAUGAUGUUUCAUUGUUUGUUUUGUGCUUUACUUUUCGUUAACUCCAUUACCUUCUUUUUCUCCCUUUACUCCACACUGGAUAUUAUUUUAUUUACUUUGGGAGCAAAUUAUAUGUACAUACCUUUAGAAAGGAUCAUUGCAGUGUGAAGCAGUCAUGAAAAUAAAAUGUUAUGGCAAUU